AUUGCAUUGAACACAGAACAGAAAUAAUACAACUCGUUGCGCGAUACAUGUGAGCACGGAUUUAGUCCCAUUUACCUAAUAAAUUAUUAUCGAGUCGAUAAGUCGUCAAGAUCUAUAUAAACGUAUAGUUUGUUAAAUUUGCCACAACGAUUCUAUUCAGAUUUUUAUCAAAAAUGGUGCAGAAGGGCCCUCGUCCUUUGGUGCUGUGCGGACCCUCGGGGUCGGGCAAGAGUACCUUGUUGAAGCGUCUUUUGAAAGAAUUCCCGGAUAAAUUUGGCUUUAGUGUGUCUCAUACUACAAGGAACCCACGUCCGGGCGAGAUAAAUGGUGUUCACUACCACUUUACCACCAAAGAGGAAAUGAUCGCAGCUAUAGCUAGAGGAGAGUUCAUUGAAAACGCAACAUUCAGCGGUAACAUGUAUGGAACAAGUAAACAAGCAGUCAAUGAUGUGCAAUGUAGUGGAAGAAUCUGUGUGUUGGAUAUUGAAAUAGAGGGUGUUAAACAAGUGAAGAAAACUGAUCUCAACCCUUUGCUGGUCUUUGUGAUGCCACCUUCCAUUGAAGAGUUGGAGAGGCGACUCCGUGCACGCAACACAGAAGAAGAGGAAGCCUUGAAAAAGAGGUUGGAUACUGCUCGCAAAGAAAUCAUAUUUGGUCAAGAGCCAGGAAAUUUCCACAUCAUAAUUCUGAAUGAUAAUCUGGACAAAGCAUACUCAGAAUUGCGUGAUUUCAUUUCACAAAACAUGGAAGAAAAGGAACGAGAUGCGGAGACAGAAUCUGAAGCAGACAAGUGAACAAUCUGCAUGGAGCAUGAUAUUAUUCCCUCAAUCCAAAUAAAUG